GCUUAGAGGCCAUGCUGCGGGCAUAUGACAUCACUAUUGACAGGCAUGACGUCAUCCAGACGACGCGAUGUCUGUCCACAGCAAAGCUCAAAGCUGAAUUGUUUGCGCAUGUCUAAGGUAAGGAAGUGCUACCGCGCAUGCUCCAGAGGUCAGGGAGUGGUUACAAGCGGGUCACACAAGCUGACGAUAUACGCGCGCUUCCCACUUGCCCCGGAAGUGCUUGAAGCACGGCGCAGCUGGGCGCUAAGAUGGCCGCGGCGUGAGUUGCAUGUUGUACGAGGAUCCCGGGCUGCCGCAUUGCUCCGGCCCCGCCAUGGCCGUCACCAUCACACUUAAAACGUUGCAGCAGCAGACCUUCAAGAUACGCAUGGAGCCUGAGGAGACGGUGAAGGUCCUGAAAGAGAAGAUAGAAGCUGAGAAGGGCAGAGAUGCUUUCCCUGUGGCUGGACAGAAACUCAUCUAUGCUGGCAAGAUCUUGAGUGAUGAUGUCCCCAUCAAGGAAUACCAUAUAGAUGAGAAGAACUUUGUGGUUGUCAUGGUGACCAAGGCCAAGGCUGGCCAAGGUACUCCAGCACCCCCGGAGGCCUCGCCCGCUGCUGCCCCGGAGGCCUCUGCACCCUUCCCUCCAGCUCCGGCAUCAGGCAUGUCCCAUCCUCCACCUACCAGCAGAGAGGACAAGAGCCCAUCAGAGGAUUCAGCCACCCCAACAUCUCCAGAAUCCAUUUCUGGCUCUGUUCCCUCUUCAGGUAGCAGCGGGCGAGAGGAAGACGCAGCUUCCACAUUAGUGACUGGCUCUGAGUAUGAGACGAUGCUGACUGAGAUCAUGUCCAUGGGCUACGAGCGGGAGCGGGUUGUGGCCGCAUUGAGGGCCAGCUACAACAACCCCCACAGAGCUGUGGAGUACUUGCUCACGGGAAUUCCCGGAAGCCCCGAACCAGAACAUGGUUCUGUCCAGGAGAGCCAGGUACCCGAACAGCCGGCCACAGAAGCAGGGGAGAACCCCCUGGAGUUCCUGCGCGACCAGCCCCAGUUCCAGAACAUGCGGCAAGUGAUCCAGCAGAACCCAGCGCUGCUCCCAGCACUGCUGCAGCAGCUGGGCCAGGAGAACCCUCAGCUCUUGCAGCAAAUCAGCCGUCACCAGGAGCAGUUCAUCCAGAUGUUGAAUGAGCCCCCUGGAGAGCUGGCGGACAUCUCUGAUGUAGAGGGAGAGGUCGGUGCCGUAGGCGAGGAGGCCCCGCAGAUGAACUACAUCCAGGUGACACCGCAGGAGAAGGAAGCUAUAGAAAGGCUGAAGGCACUGGGCUUUCCAGAGAGCCUGGUGAUCCAGGCCUACUUCGCGUGUGAAAAAAAUGAGAACUUGGCUGCCAACUUCCUCCUGAGUCAGAACUUUGAUGAUGAGUGAUGCUGGGAGGCCAGAAUGCCCCCACCCCACUCCACAAAAGUUUUAUAAAAGAAAAAAGUGUGUGUGUGUAUGUAUAUAUAUAAAAUAUAUACAUACACACACAUACAUAUAUAUAUAUAUAUUCAUGUUUAUUUAAGAGGAAGAAAAAAAUCAAAAACAAUUUAAAAAACAGAAGAAAAAACACCUAGCCCAGAUUCCUACCUUCCUGAAGUGGCCCCUAUUCCCAUCUCAGUCCGACAAGACCUGGGCCAGACAGCUGUCCCCAUCCUCUUAACAGAGCCCAGCCUGCUCAAAGUUGCUGGCAAGACCAGGAGGCGACAGAUGGGCCCCUUUUGGCCUCUGUCCCAGCUCCCUGCAGCCAGAUGGAGAGGCGCCUGCCUGCUUCCCCAUCCCCUGAAGCAUCCCUAAGGACAACCCACCUCCCUCCUCCAUGAUGAGGGGAAGCUGGAGCCCUAAACUUUAUCCUCCAUUGGAGUGGCCCAAAUCUUUCCAUCUGGAGUGGGUUCAUUAGAAGCCCAAGGCCUUCUCCCAGCCUGGCCUUGGCCUCCAGCCUGGAGAGGAGGUAACAUCAGUUCUGAAGGCCAAGGCCAACCCUACCCCAGGACAGAACCACAUCUCUGAUAAAGGUUUUGAAGUGAAUAAAGUUUUAAAAAUGAGCCCUAAAAA